AUGCAAAGUAUAAAUAAAAGAAAUAAAAAAGAUAAAGGACAUUCAGGUGAUUCUGGAUCAUCCUCUCCAAAGUUGUUGAGUGAAUUGAUGAGUAAAUCAAUGCAGCAGCAACAACAGCAACAACAACAACAUACAUCUGGAUCAUCUUCGCCAUCAUCCUCCUCUUUUCUAUCGGCUCCGAAAUCCAAUGAGACAAACAACGAUGAAGCUCCACAUUCACCAUCACUGGAACGUUUCUCUGCCAUUUCAAAACCAAGAGAAUCUUUAUUAACUACACCACAGAAUGCAAAUAUUCAAUGGGGAACAUUUAAUUAUAUUGCUAUUUGCUAUGUAAUGGUUGGAUUCUCAAUGAUGGCAGAACACUAUGUCAAGUAUGGCACUCCGAUGGACUUUGAUUUGUUCUACUGGCUAGUCGACAAGUGGUACAUAGGAUUCUUUGUUUGGAUUGGAUUGGUUCUCUUUAGUUAUGUCACCUACAUUUCCACUCGUCUCUUUGUCAACAACAAGAUUCCAGCUUGGCUCUCGGUAGUGAUCUACUUUGCAUGGCAAAUAACAGCAUUCUAUGUGACAUGUGAUAUUCUAUUCCAAUAUAACCUAUCACCAAUUCUUAGUGGUGGUACUGGAUUACAACUAUGUGUUUACACUAUGAAGAAUCACUCCUAUUGGUAUACUAACUUCUCGCUAAAGAGAGGAUCGGUCAAAGCUAGCAAAAACAACUCUCCAAUCACCAGACGUGAUCUUAUUCCCAAUGUUUCACUAAAGCAUUUCUCAUUCUUUUUGGUUGCUCCAACUUUGGUAUACGAACCAUACUUCCCAAGAACUCCAUCCAUUCGUUGGACCUAUGUUCUAAAGGAAACUCUUGCUUUUAUCGGUACUUUCACUGUAUUCUAUUUAAUGUUAUGUUACUGUAAUCCAUUAUAUAAAGAUGUUGAUCGUCAACCAUUUAUGUUAUUGGUUGUUAGACUUUCACUACCAGCUAUGAGUCUUUGGAUAUUCUAUGGUGUAUUCCAUUGUUUAUUAAAUAUAUUUGCUGAGAUUACAAGAUUUGCUGAUAGAGAAUUCUAUCAAGAUUGGUGGAAUGCAACUACAUUUGAUAUGUGGUGGAGAAGAUGGAAUCGUCCAGUUCACAAAUGGAUGCUACGUCAUGUAUAUACCGACUCUAUGCACACCGUAAAGAUGAACAAAUUCGGUGCAUUCAUCUCUACUUUCUUACUAUCUGCUCUUUUACAUGAAAUUGUUAUGGUUUUAUCUUUUAAAUUCGUCAGACCGAUUCUAUCUACAACAAUGAUUCUUCAAAUUGGUCUUGUAUAUUUUACACAACUUCCAAUAUUACAGAAAACAAGAUUUGGAAAUGUAGUCAUGUGGAUUACCGUAUUUAUUGGUCAACCAUUCGUUCAACUUUUAUAUAGUAUGCAAUACCAAAUGAUUUGGAAUGCUCAAAUUUCAGAUUCGAAAGUAUUCAAAUAA